AUUGACUCUACAGACAGUUGGCGACUUCUGCGCACUGUGUUUUCAACAUGUGCUGACCCCGCUUUGUCAUUUUAUGUGGCCUACCACUUAGUGGCUGUUGUUCCCACUUGCCUUCACUUUCUUCCAGUUUGUUAUAAGACCACUAACAGUUGAUCGUGGAAUACUUAGUAGCAAGGAAAUUUCACGGAUAGAUUAUUGCACAGGUGGCAACCUAUCACGGUACCACGCUUGAAUUCACUGAGCUCUUGAGAGCGACCCAUUCUUUCACAAAUGUUUGUAGAAGCAGUCGGCAUGCCUAGGUGCUUGAUUUUACACACCUGUGGCCAUGAAGGUGAUUCGAACAGCUGAAUCGAAUGAUUUGGAGGGGUGUCCCA